AUGGCUAGUCUUUCGGCCCUGUCGGAGACCGAGAUGCGUCUCUUCAAUCAAGUCUGCGGGGCUGUAAAUGCCACGAACGAAAGUCAAAAGGACCUACUCAAGUCGUUUAUCUGUAACGAGUUAUCUCCUGAAUGGGCCCGCUUAGUGUCAUUAGCUGAAUCAAACGGUCCGUUGAGUGUGCUGUCGGAGGACGAGUUGAAGUAUCUAAACUCUCUUCAAUCAGCUAGUCGUGGCCACCGAUCAACUCAAUCCCGUGGGGAUGUGGACAUAUUUUCCGAGAUGCCAUUUAGUCAGAAGACUAUUGAUCAUAACAUGGUUAAGGCUGCUCUUCAUGACAUUAACCAGUAUAAUAAUGUCCUUGAAAAACUUCUGGUGAAGUACAAAGAUUAUGUUCGCCGUAGCAUUGCUAAUUUACAACGACCUCCAGAAACCAAUGAUGAAGUAUCUAUGGUAAAGCAGAAGAUCUCUGCUCUGUCUCGCAGAAAGGAUUUACUCAAAUCAAAGAUCCACACCCUAGAAGAUAAAAUCAGCCACCAUACGAAUCAACUUGAAGAGAUCAGCCAAAGCAAGUCCACCUCGGUAGAGACAGAUAGCAAUGAAAGGUUAAAAUCCGUUGCCCCAAAGCAAGUUUUCGAAACCACCAUUGUAUCCUAUGAUCAUAUCCUUGGUAGAUUAAAUGCCCUAUAUUGCGAGUUAGGCGACGAUGUUAUCGAUGAGGAUGCGAUUCUUCGGACAGCCAGACGCCAUGCCAAUCAGAUUGUUUUAUCGCUAGCUACAAAAUGCCGCGCAUCCUUAGAUACUGUUUUUCUGGAGACUUCUUCUACUCCUAAUAAACGCGUUUCUUUCGCGCCUGGCAAUGCGCAGGCCAUCAAUGAUGAGCGUGACGAUGUAUAUGCCGAAAUACAAUCUCUGUGGGAUGAGAUGGUGCCGCUUGCGCAUAUGGUGGUAGAGAAAGAAUUUCUCAAGCCCAUCUUGGGGAAGGUCGAAACGUGCUCUGAGCGUCAGACUGUACGUGAUGCAACCGUUUCUCGCUAUACGUCUGCUAUUCUUGGUUUCAUGAAUGAACGCCUCCGUCUCCUAGCAGAUCGUAUUAAGAUGUUAGCUUACCAUCACCAAUCCCUUCUCAGCACGUUUACCCAUAUAAACACACCAGAGUUGGACGUAACUAAAAGACUGGCCAAGAAUCCCCCUUCAGACCAAAAAAAGGGAAGCAGCAAAGUAAAGGACCGCACAUUGCUUGAGAAUAUUCGGCGUCAGAUGGAACUCUACGGCUCCGUCCCGAUAGACGUUGAUAAAGCUAAUGCGCUCACUCCACACAAGCAAAUUAGAAAGCUUGAUCACUAUGUCACCUCGCGACAGAAGAAGGGCGAUGAUCUCUCAAAAAAUAUACACCAGUUCUUCGAGAAAGCCGCCAAGGCUGAGCUUACGGAUGCAGAACUCGGAUCCCAACUCCUCCUAGACUCCAUAAUAGCUGAUAGCGCCGCCGCCAGCUCUCAAAUGGGUGGACAUGUCUAUGAGGAUCAACAAGUUGAGGACUCAGUUGCUACACUGAAAUCCCAAGCUGAGGAAAUCCAAACGGUCUUUAGACAACUUCGACAGGAUGCAGCUGAUCCCCCGAUCUCGGCUCCUGACUUUAUCGCAUAUGCUCACAGUCAGGCAGCGAAACAACUCUCCUACAAGGGUGGUGAAGGCAGUUCUCUCGCUAAGGACCAAGAACAAUGUCCUAAAUUCGCAGCUCUCAUCCACGACUGGGGCGAUUCGGUAAAUUUUGCCCACUAG